AUGGCGCGGCACCUCGCGCCUUCGUCUGGAAGCCUCCACCGCCUCCUCGCGUCCCGCCACUACCCGCCCACCUCCCAGGCGCCGCCUCCCCGCCCGCUCCUCCUCCCGAAGACCCGAUCGGCGGCUAUGCGGCUCCCGCGACGCGGGCGGCGCGACGUCGUCACCGCCACAGCUGCCUCCGCUCCGUCCCCCUCUUCUCCGGGGACCGAGGUGGCGGAGGGGGCGGCAUGGGGGAAGGUCUCCGCCGUGCUCUUCGAUAUGGACGGCGAGCUCUGCAACAGCGAGGAGCCCUCGCGACAGGCCGGCGUCGACGUCUUCGCCGAGAUGGGCGUCGAGGUCACCGUGGAUGACUUCGUCCCCUUCAUGGGCACUGGUGAGGCCAAUUUCCUUGGAGGUGUCGCAAGAGCCAAAGGAGUGAAAGAUUUCAAUCCUGAAAGUGCGAAGAAGAGAUUUUUUGAGAUAUAUCUUGACAAGUACGCAAAGCCAAAUUCUGGCAUCGGAUUCCCUGGGGCUCUAGAGCUCAUCAUGGAGUGCAAAAAUUCUGGUCUUAAGGUUGCCGUUGCAUCCAGUGCCGACAGGAUUAAGGUGGAUGCCAAUCUGGCUGCUGCUGGUUUGCCUGUCUCUGUAUACGUGUUUGGUUCUAAAUUGAAUCCCAAAUUUGAUGCUAUUGUUUCUGCUGACGCGUUUGAAAAUUUGAAGCCCGCUCCGGACAUAUUUCUGGCAGCAUCAAAGAACUUAGGUGUUGACACAAACGAGUGCAUUGUGAUAGAAGACGCACUUGCUGGUGUUCAAGCUGCAAAAGCUGCAGAAAUGAGAUGUAUCGCUGUGACAACUACUCUAGAGGAAGUUGCGUUACAACAAGGCAGUCCCUCGCUCAUACGAAAGAAUAUUGGAGACAUUUCAAUUAACGACAUUUUGUAUGGUGGUUCUAAUGCUCACCACAAUGAAGGGGCAGAAAAUACUGAGAAUAGUAGUUCGGUAGGAAAUGCUUUGCCUGAGAGUCUGAACGGAGCAACUGGUGCUGGACUUUCUGACACAAAAGGUUCUCCAAUCUCAAAAAAUGAAGGGCUGUUGGGUUCUCGACGUGAAAUAUUGAGAUAUGGAAGUCUGGGAAUAGCCUUAUCCUGUCUUUUUGUUGCAGUCAGAAAUUGGAAGGCAAUGCAGUUUGCAUCUCCCAAAGGGCUGCUGAAUUUCUUCAUGGGUGGAAAUAGUUCAGUUUUUACCAGAAAGGAAGGAGAAUCUCUGUCAUCAAGAGUUCAACAAAUAAAGAAGUAUCUAGCUGAGUUUGAAUCUGGGGGUUCUGCCACAUAUGUUCCUGAGUUUCCAAGAAAGCUUGACUGGUUGAAUACAGCUCCACUUCAGUUUGGAAGAGAUUUAAAAGGAAGGGUGGUGCUGCUGGAUUUUUGGACCUAUUGCUGCAUUAACUGCAUGCAUGUCUUGCCAGACCUGGAGUUUGUAGAGAAGAAGUAUAAAGAAAAACCUUUCACUGUUGUUGGCGUGCACUCUGCCAAAUUUGAUAACGAAAAGGACCUUGAAGCUAUCCGUAAUGCUGUUCUGCGCUACAACAUUACUCAUCCGGCCGUAGAGGCGGGAGAAACAUUGUAA